AAGGUGGACCCCGAGCUGAUAUUCACGAAACAGGAGCGCAUUGGCAAGGGCAGCUUCGGCGAGGUCUUCAAAGGAAUCGACAACAGGACUCAGCAGGUGGUCGCCAUUAAGAUAAUCGACCUCGAAGAGGCCGAAGAUGAGAUCGAGGACAUCCAGCAGGAGAUCAUGGUCCUGUCGCAGUGCGACAGCCCGUUCGUCACCAAGUAUUACGGAUCGUACCUCAAGGUCACGAAGCUAUGGAUCAUUAUGGAGUACUUGGGUGGCGGAUCCGCCCUGGAUCUCAUGAAGGCCGGCAGCUUCGAGGAGAUGCACAUCGCGGUGAUCCUGCGGGAGGUCCUGAAGGGGUUGGAUUACCUCCACAGCGAGCGGAAGCUCCACCGCGAUAUCAAAGCUGCGAACGUCCUACUCAGCGAGAUGGGAGACGUGAAGCUCGCCGAUUUCGGAGUUGCCGGUCAGCUGACGAACACUACCAGCAAAAGGAACACCUUCGUGGGGACACCGUUCUGGAUGGCCCCGGAGGUGAUCAAGCAGUCAGCCUACGACUUCAAGGCUGACAUCUGGUCACUGGGAAUAACGGCGAUCGAGCUGGCGAAAGGAGAGCCUCCGAACAGCGAGCUGCACCCCAUGAGGGUCCUCUUCCUCAUCCCUAAUAACAAUCCGCCCCAGCUGACGGGGAAUUACACAAAACAAUUCAAGGAAUUCGUCGAGGCCUGCCUCAACAAGGAUCCGGAAAACAGGCCGACGGCGAAGGAACUCCUAAAGUUCCAGUUCAUCAGGAAGGCGAAGAAGAACUCGUACUUGAUCGACCUGAUCGACAGGUACAAGAAGUGGAAGUCCCAGCGCAGCGAAGAGUCCGAGACCGAGAGCGAGAACUCAGAUUCGGAGGAAUCGAAGCAGGACAGCGACAUGGACGAGCCCUGGAUAAUGACCGUGAAGGGUCCACACGGAGUGAAAGGAAACGCGGUCUCCUCCUUACCUCCGGAUACUGGGCUGUCGACUUCCCCGACGACGAUACACUCGUCGAACCACAGGACCUCUGUCCGCACCCAGCAGACCAAGCUGCACGCCAACGGGACGCCCUCGAGGUCCCCGCCUAAGGACGUCGCCGUGAAUCACUGCAGGAGCGAGUUCAAGGACUCGUUACGUGAUGUUCAAUCACAGUCCCAAGCACAGUCUCAGACGAAGCAUUCGAUGCGUCCUCACGAGGCGGCUCCUCCACCGCCCAUGCAAGUGGAGACCCGGGAGAACCGCGAAAGCCGAGACUUCCGGGUUUCCAACAGGGAUCCGGCUUCAAGGGACUCCAAGGACGGACGCGAGAGAGACAGGGAGCUCGCCCGCGACAAGAGAAACAGCAAAUCGGACGUGCCAGCGAUGCCGCACGUCGAUCACAGGACGGCCGAAGACAAGCAGCGGCCCAGGAGUUCCCAGGAGAUUAAACACCCGCGUAGCGUCGCCCUCUCUGGCGUUAUUCUGCCCCUCCUUUCCGAGCUACAACGGAAGUACCAGUACUCCGCGAGAGACAAUAACGGCGAGGGCGGCAGCGGGCCAGGUCGCAACGGCGGGAACGCGAUAGACGAGCUACAAGGUGCCUUCGAGCUGGCGGAGCGUACUUCACCGGGGAUGUGCGAGGCCCUCGUCAGGGAGCUCCUCAAGGCCCUGCUGCCUACGAACUAUUCGGACGGACGUUUAUCCAUGCUCAUGGACAAAGUUACUUUAAGGUACUGAGGAGUGCCGCCUCGCGUUUACCACGUAGCGAUCCCCGCGGCCGCGGGUCCAGGACGUGCCCGGCGCCGCCGUCCGGGACCACCGACGUCAUCCCCGGACGUGGCGGCGUCAGCGUUCUCGUUCUGUCGUAGUCUUCUUGGUACUCCCUUCCGCGUGCCCGCUGUGCAGAGGAGAGGCGUGCCGAUUUAGUCCACCUCGCGCGGUUCCCCAGGGUACCGAAAAGCCGUCGCAUUUCGUGCCGCAACCAUUGAGUGUCUCGAAAACCCGAGUUCAAAGAUGGCCGACCUAGCAAGGUGCCGAUUAAUCGUCGUCGAGCGGACGCUCGGACGUGGUGACGUUCUAGGAAUGUUUCUUACCAAACUAUUCGGCGUCCGAAAUCUAGAAGUCGCUUCAACUAAUAUUGGACGUCGGACUGAUAUCGAUGCUUCGAUUCCUGUUCAUGGAGCUCAUAGCGCACGAGCGUGGGCAAGGUCACGCGUAAAUUCGCCUUUAACCAUGUAUGUGUAGACUUUGCUUUCCAGCGGAAAGAGUCAACGAAUGUACCACGGGAUUCGAUCGCUCCCUCACACAGUUAAAAGCAUUCUGCUUAUUGAACAUUUGAGAACGAGGGGCCUAUGCAAAGUCUUGAUAUAUAUGGUCUGAGGCUGACCCUCGGAUCCGCCAUCUUGGAAUUUCUCUUUCGAGGCGUUUGUGGGGUUGUCGGAUGUGGCGGCUUUUCUUUCUUACGAGAUUCUGGUGAAUGAAAACACGUGUUCAUACCGUCAGAUCGACCCUCAAAGGCAGAACCUGGCACGCGGGAAAACGGAGACGCGUCCGAUGACAUUGUAAGGUUGUUACAAAACCGCUGCUUAUUCCGAAUACAAGUCGGUCGACAUUCAUUCGAAGGAUGGUCCGUUCCACUCGGCACGGAUUCGUCCAGCGCAUGCGCAAGGAUCAGUUUUUGAGAGUAUUCAGGAUAUCCAGAAUAUCCGGAGAAAAUGAAACAUCGUCUAGCGCAUGCGCAAGGAUCAGUUUUUGAGAGUAUGCAGGAUAUUCAGAAUAUCCGGAGAAAAUGAAACAUCAUCCAGCGCAUGCGCAAGGAUCAGUUUUUGAGAGUAUUCAGGAUAUCCAGAAUGUCCGGAAAAGGGAAACAUCGUCCAGCGCAUGCGCAGGGAAGUUUUUGAGAGUAUUCAAGAUAUCCAGAAUAUCCGGGGAAAAAAUGAAACAUCGUCCAGCGCAUGCGCAGGGAACAGUUUUUGAGAGUAUUCAGGAUAUCUAGAAUAUCCGGGAAAAACAGAAACAUUGUCUAAAGGAAGUAUUUCAAACCCUCAAGUGUUCGGCGAUGUCCUGAAGCUGACAAAUGUCGAGGUUCAUUUUAGGGGCGUUUUGUGACGAAUGGGAAUUUACGAUGUAACUUUCUUUUACAUUCAGGGUAAACUUGUGUGUCCAAACCCUCGACGGAUGUUAAACUUUUGUGGUAUCGAAUAAAAAGGUGUCAAUUGUUUCAAGGAUGUGCAGACAUUGAGAGACGUCUUGGGGUGUAAUGCUGGGGGUGAGAUUUAAGGAAGAAGGCGUUAGAUACCAUUACGCUCCAAAGGAACACUUGGAAGCGUUCCUUGGAUGCGUUUUUAAGAGCGAUGCCGUGGUGCUGACCUCGAGAAAGGCAGCACCCGACUGACAUGUAACUCUUAUCUGAAGGGAUUUGUAAGUAAUUAAUUAUAUACCAUGUUCACUGGUUAAAUUACUAUUCCAUUAUUUCCAAGAUUAGUGCUGCCGUCAUAACGCGUCAUGGUGGACAUCUAGGACCUAAAGUCAUGUCCAAAAGGAGGAUAACGUGGUCGUCGACGAGUUAAAGCGAACCUUGAUAAGAAGAAUCAUCUCUCGAGCAAUGUCUUCCCUAAACCCUAAUCAUCCAUUAGAUGUUAACAAGUGCUCGCAUCGACAAACACUUUGAAACGGACGUGUAUCCUGAUAUCGAGUGAUUAUAUCUUAGACGUUUUGGGUAUUGUGGAUGUUUUGGAUAUUCUGGAUAUUCUGGAUAUUCUGGAUAUUCCGGAUCUCCGCUAGCUGUACCUAGGGGUAAUUUAUCUUGUAUAUGGGUUGACUCCGUAAACGGAUCAUCGGGACGCUUAGCGGAGCUGGAUAAAGCACCGCUUCGAAUAGUAUUUUUACCCAGUUGUUAAUUAUUGCUAUUCCGGUAUCGAAUGCUAUCAACACUCGGACCGGUCUUUAACCAGCUCUGGUUCUUAGGCUCCUGGAAAAGCUUCCCCGGAACCUGCCGCAAGUCCCGUGGACGAUCCCGAGUUCCCGUCGAUCGAGCUCGGACUUCCGGGGCCCUUUUCGAUCGGCAGCUUCCCUCGAGUUUCCGCCGGGAUUCCUACACGACCUCUUCCAGCUACCGGAUGCUCGAAAAGGUCGCUGCACCGCUCAAGGGGGUUCCUAAUUAACUACCCAUCGACUAAUUGCGUUUAUCGACAUUGCAGUUAUCCGUCAUUCCUCGAAAUCGAUCCACACUAAGGCCGUGUCCGAAUUCGUCAAAAGUUGCAUCUAGGAUAUACUAGCUCCAUACUACUUCCGCUCCCCUUGUUACUUAUGCGCAUGCGUCAAAAGUGGUAGACGGAAAGUCGCGACGAUGUAACUUUCUCGCAACUUUUAUCCCGCCAUCUCGUAAUUCCGACCAAUCGUCCGAUUCGUCGCCGACAUAUUGUCAAUUUUGAAAAUACCAACAAUCGUUUGCUUUUAUAUGUAGUUGGAUUUAUCGCCUUUUCUAAUGAACAUGGGGCAAUAUAGUACCAGCCGUACAGGGGCCC